GUAGAGAAGACAAGAUGGCGGAGUGAGUGGGUUGCGCUUUGUACAGACGGUUGCGACCCUUGAAGUUUGUCGAAAACGACCGAAAAGGGACUGAAAAGAUUGAAAAGCCAACGAUACAAUCGGAAGUGUAAUCGAAAAGGCACCCUUUGCCCCUCAGCACGGAGGAGGUCCGGAGAUUUUUUCCGCGGCGGUCCUUGCGACAGCGUUAGCUUGAUGCUAACGUUAGCCAGCGUUAUAUACGACUAGCUGCUACUUCGAGGUAGCUGGGUGGUUGUCGAAGGCCGUAGGUUUUUCGGAUUUAGUUGUGGAUGUAUAUAUUUCGACACUGACACGGCAUUACGUGUUUCUCGGAUGAGGUUUUAUUUGAACACAGAUCCUUUGUAGCUGGUAGCCUGUGAUUAAAGGGAAUAACGCCAGGAGAAAUCUAUUUUCCAGCUUACCUGUUCCGUUCGUUGUCGAUAUUAUUAUUUGGAGCAACAGCUAAUCCAUAAUUACCCCCGUCGACACCAAGUGGACACCCAGGUCUCUGUAUGUUCUGCUGACGAUCGGGCCAGACUGCCACACAGAAUUUCCUAAAGUGAAUCAGGAGGAAAUCGUCUUUUGGUGGAUAUUAUGGCGAGCAGCAGUGGCUCCAAAGCCGAAUUCAUAGUCGGUGGAAAAUACAAGCUUGUCAGAAAAAUCGGAUCGGGAUCUUUCGGCGACAUAUAUCUGGCCAUCAACAUCACAAAUGGAGAGGAGGUAGCUGUAAAACUGGAGUCACAGAAAGCCAGACAUCCACAGUUGUUAUACGAAAGCAAGCUGUACAAAAUCCUACAAGGUGGUGUUGGGAUCCCUCACAUCAGGUGGUAUGGCCAAGAGAAGGACUACAAUGUCCUAGUUAUGGACCUGCUUGGACCCAGCCUGGAGGACCUGUUCAACUUCUGCUCUCGCCGCUUCACCAUGAAGACGGUCCUUAUGCUGGCAGACCAGAUGAUCAGCAGAAUUGAGUAUGUACACACAAAGAACUUCAUCCACAGAGACAUCAAACCAGACAACUUCCUCAUGGGCAUUGGCCGUCAUUGUAAUAAGUGUUUAGACUCGUCAGUGGGGAAGAGGAAAAGAAGCUUGGCUGUUAGCUCUUCUCAGGACCCAUCUUUCUCAGGAUUAAACCAGUUGUUCCUUAUUGACUUUGGUUUGGCGAAGAAGUACCGAGACAACCGAACACGACAGCACAUCCCCUACAGAGAAGACAAGAACCUGACUGGCACAGCACGUUAUGCCUCCAUCAAUGCACACCUGGGCAUUGAACAGAGUCGCCGUGAUGACAUGGAGUCACUAGGCUACGUGCUGAUGUACUUCAACAGAACCAGUCUGCCGUGGCAGGGACUAAAGGCUGCCACGAAGAAGCAGAAAUAUGAGAAGAUCUCAGAGAAAAAGAUGUCCACCCCUGUUGAGGUCCUUUGUAAGGGUUUCCCAGCAGAGUUUGCCAUGUAUCUGAACUACUGCCGCGGCUUGCGCUUUGAGGAGGCUCCAGACUACAUGUACCUGCGCCAACUGUUCCGCAUCCUCUUCAGGACUCUGAACCACCAGUAUGACUACACAUUUGACUGGACCAUGCUGAAACAGAAAGCAGCCCAGCAGGGGGCCUCCUCCGGGGGCCAGGGCCAGCAGGCACAAACCCCCACAGGCAAGCAAACUGACAAACCCAAGCCUAACAUGAAAGGUUUCUGAGAGCUCUCUGCCCAGAGCCGAGCUGCAGAAAGCGUUGGUGACCAGGGCCAACAAGUCUCUCUCUUCCUGGACAAGCGACAAACAGAAAGUCUGUGUCUCUCCUUCCAUAAUAACUAUCUAUGUAAUGGAAAUGUAUAGAUUUACACGCCUUUGUCAGCUGUGUUAUCUAUAUAUUCAUAUGUAUAUAUAAUAAAACUCUCCACUCCGAAAGAAAAAGGUUUUUUGGAUGUGGAGGCUGUAGCCCCCUACCCCACCCUACACAUACACUCACACAUGCACACACGCACUCACACACACAGAUACGCACACACACGCCCCUGCCCCAUCCAUCCUUCCCUCCGUCUGUCCUCCUUUCAGUGUUGACUUUUUGUAAGGUUUCUCUGGAAACUGAAGUUAAGAAGAUAGUCAGCUGACCCUCCGUUUCUCCCCCAGUGGAAACAUCUCAGCAUCUUUCCCUCUUCACUCCUUAAUUAUUUCACUCCCUCCUUUUACCAAGCAAAUGUUAAAACAUGUAAACCUGAGAACUGUUCUCCCUUUUUCUUUCUCAAAUAACUGAAUGAUGCAACCCUGGAUGUUAUUUACUUAAAAAAUCAAAAUGUUUUUUUUCUUGUUUUCUUUUUGUUUUCCUAUGGUGAUUAGGAGUUUGCCUGUUGACAAUAUAAGCAGCUGAUGGCAACAGUCAAUGGUAGAAUGAUACUCUGGCUCUCUCCCUCUUUCUUUAGAGCUCUGAAUUAUUAUUAAAUCUGUUGUAAAACCUAUGGUCUUCUCCAAAAAUACCAAUAAAAACCUUACAUAACUCAGA